GGAAUUUUCAAUUUAGAUCCCGGAAAUACAAUUUCAGCCAUCAAAGUACUAUUUAAAAAUAGCACUGACUUGUUUUCAAAAGACUGUUGGAAUCAAGAUUUACCUGCUCACCACAAUAGAAGUCCCCUGUCAUUCAAAUACUGCCAGGAGAAAAUGACACUCGGGUUAGCUUUUUUUCUAAAAUCACUAUACAAGUUCUUAGAAUGGCAUUUAUAAACAUUUCAAAGUGAUUUAUUGGGAGAUGCUUUUUAGGUCUGUGGUCUUGACCACAGUCAAGAAUAAAAUGUAAAUGUGGGCAUAAUAAAAUAAAGAUAAUGUCUAGCCUACACAUAUACUAGUCAAAGUGACAGUUGUUACAACUGCCUUCUCAUUUCCAGCAGGCAGCCAGCUAAAUUACAGUCUGCUUUUCCAGAUGAGCCACCUGAAAUAGUUAUGUUCCAGUGAACAGUGUUCAAAAUGUUUAUUUUCUUCCAGUAAAAUAGGGGCAAUUUCCACAAUUCAUUGCACAUGUAAGUCGAGUAAAACAUUCCUUCUCUGACGGCAUUUCGUUUCCGGACUUAUGUUUCCAUGGACACGUGAAUUGAGGUGGAACAAUCAGUUUCGAGCGAUGAAGCGGUUAUCAAAUCAGUCAUCGAUUUACACUUUUUUCACCAAGAAAACAAAGGACAGUGGAGAGGAGUGAGACGGAGAACGGGAGCUGCAGCCACGGAGCCAGCUAACAACCGCACUUCACCACAUCACUGCACAGAACAGCGGAGCACAGACACUUGGACCACAUCCAGACCACAGAGCACAGUUUCGUGCACACAGGAUUGUGAUGUUGCUAUGAGGACAGGAAUCAGAGAUGACUGAUGUCGUCAUAGAUUUCGAAGCAACAGGAAGAACUGGCCGCAGGAACGCUUUGCCUGACAUUCUGGGAUCCCCGGCAGGAGUCGGAACGUCUGAGCUGCCCCAAAAACUAGCUGAGCUCUCAAUGAGUGAUGAGGGAGCACAAGGUGGGGAGACGUCAUCCUCAGAUGAAGUGGACCCAAAUCCUUCAGAAACGGAGGAGAAGAGCGACGAAACGUAACGGCACAGUGUAAAACAUACAUGACUGACUGGCAGGCUGCUCAUCCAAAAAUGACAUUACCUGAGAACUAUGAAGAUACGCACAGUGCUAUGCAACACCAGGACACACCAGUGAUGCAAAAGUGGCUUGGGAUUUCUUGACCGCUUAUACUGGAGAAAAGGAGAGUUUUUUUUUAAAGCUGUUGGAAACACUAAGAUGCUGGUAGUUUGUUGUCUGUUUGAAAAAGCAUUCCAUCCAUACUGUAAUUUAUAAUAGCAUAUUAGAGUGCUGUGCUGCUCAGACACCUUGAGCUCAAGUUAUACUGUGUCUUUUGUAUAAAUCAAAAUAGGACUUCUUGUUGUUUUCAUAUGUUGCAAAUGUGUACUUUUUAACAGAAUGUCAACAUGUAGCUGCAGGAAUGUCUAUUUUUGCACAACACAAUUUGGUGAUGUACGUCUGUAUUAAAUAGUCAAAUUUGUAUCAUG